CAAAAAGCCCGAAAUCUAUGAUAAGUUUGUAUUCUUUCAUCCCAACAAACGCUCAGGAGGAAGGUCUUUAGGGAGGUCACUGUUUUGGGCGACUUAUGGCGGAACUUUCUGCACUGGAAGAGCUUUUGCUAGGAGGCUAUGAUGUUGGCUCUCUGUUGGCUGGGGUUCAGGCCCCAAGUGCUGGACAGGGCCUGGGCCUCUUGGGCCUUGAGGCGCAGCUGCCAUUGAAAACGACAGCCCUUCCUCAACAGACUCUAGGCUGGACUAACGCUACACACCCUGAGCAAAGUGCGCUGUACCAGGAGGUCGCACAAAGCCUGGCCGCAAAGCUUGAGGAGCAUCGCCUUCAGCAGGUGCAAGUGGCCACGGCCCUGCAGCAACUUCAAGCUCUGCAGCAACAACAGGAGCUUGCUCAACUCCAACAGCACUUGAGUGCGCUUCACCAGAGUGUACCUCGGCAUCCGAACACCUUCCAACGCAGUCGAACAACGGAUUUGGAAUGUCUAGGCAGGAGUACAUGUUUUGAUGUUGGCGGAACCUAUGGUUCGGCUCUGGACUUCGAGCAGCGUCAAGCGUUUGCCGCUCUUCAGCAUGCUGCAAAUCCAGCAUCGCAACUCGCAGGACUGCAACGCGUGCCAGGCGUCAUGGGCCAACACAGCCUCCCCGUGCGCAGCUUCAGUUCUGAACACCUGGUAGCUGGCCAGCGGCGGUCGGCCCCGCACCUGACGCCCACCCCUGUGGUGCAAGCCAAGGCGACGCAGUCCAAUACCAAGAGGCCCCCCUUCCGCCAGCCCUCGGGUUUGGGGCCCAACGGCCGGGUCAACCCAAGCCGCCCCGCGGACAGCUCCCGACGCGCACGCUACGCCGCCACCGCCAAGGCUCCCUCAUGGGCUUCCGAGGACUGGCAUCCCAUGAAAGCCGUGAUUGCCAGUGGCGCGCAGGCAAGCGGCGGCACCGGCGUCUUCCUGCCGCACCUCACACCUGCAGAAGGCAAGGCGGCGGCAGCUGCCGUCUCUGUCAGCGGCGGCAAAAACGAUCCUUCUGCUCCUCCUUCUGCUUCUCAGCACCUCACCACGCAUGCCAGCCUUAAGACGCUGGCCUGCGGCGGUGCAGGCAGCAACGCCAACCCGCCAUCGCUUCCAGCCAGCUGCCAGCCGCACAUGCCACAGCAACACCCUCUGCAGCAGCACUCCUUCCUGCCUCGCAGCAGCAGCCUUCGCUCUGCGGCCUCAGCGACGGGCACCAGCGAGGUGGGCGGCGGCGGCCUGCUGGAGGCGGCGGGCGGCUGCUUCCGGAGCUGCUCCCAGUCGCCCUCGUCCCCCGGUCGCGAGGGCAGCAGUCCGGCAUCCUGCAGCGAGGACAGCGCCACGCAGGAUCCCUACUCGCGUCAGACCACCCUGGAGCUUCUGUCGAGGGGGAGCACCCGCUCGGAGCUGGACUCGCACCCGGCCUCCACGGUGGGAUACCUGGCGGAUACCAUGAAGGUGGUAGUUGAGGAGCCGGAGCGCGAGCGUGAGGAUGCCUCUGAAGAGUGCGACUUCGCCUCUCUCGCCCGGGAGCUCGCCGAGCUCAUGAGCAAGCAGGUCAUCGCGGAUGAGAGCGGUUAGGCCGGCUGUACGACAACGACUGCUGUACUGUGCACAGCAGAUCUGCUCAUGUACGGAAGCUCUUUAUGCCACAUGGAAAAAGAUUCAUGUCGUACGGUACGAGCCACAGGUGAGGGAGCAUACAACAGCAGCGGACUGAACAGCAAAUGGCCGCAAGCGCAAUGCACAGCGGAGCGGAGCUGCCGAGCACGUGCUGUUUGCAUACCUUUAGCAGCAGUGUGGCAGGUGCAGGAUGGAAAGACAGGUAGCGAAAGGCGCAUGUGCUGGUUCGUUGCUGGUUGCUAGCUGUUGACCGAUUUGGGGUCAUGCGGCGCGUUGCCUGCGCACUUUGGAAUGGUACUUGUGCUUUUGUUAACAGAGAGAUUUAGGAGUGGAUUAUGACACAUGGAAGGGUGCGACAUGCCGACGGGCGAGUCGCCGCUUUCACAAUAAUGCAGAGUUACUAAGACCCUUAAUAAUUCAGCAGCGGCGCUACAAGCCAAUUCUCAACAUAAAACAGUUGUUUAGGUAUGCAGCACAUUGUGUAGUAAGUACAUUUGGCCUGUCACUUCAGGCUGAGGCGGAGCCGCAUCGUUGAGAGUUGGUCUUGUACACAUGUGGGUCGAGCUUUGGACUAGCUGGCUGCUUCAAUCCAGACAGACAAGAAUCUGUCCUGUUUGGCAAAGCCCGGGCUGAUCUUUUGUGGCUUCUGUUUCCUAACUAUGGAGGCAAAUUUAGCUGUUUUGCUCUUGAUUGGCGAGUGGCAGCUGGCGCGUUACCCCUGUUUUUCGCCAAGAGUUCCAUCAUUAAUUAAUGGGGAAAUGUUUGGAGGGUGGGUGCUGGAGCGCCCGAGGACUUGCUGUCGGUGUUGCCCUUAAUCCCUACAUCCCGCAGACUGGCUUGCAGGGUUGCUGCGCUGCGCGACGCGUUUGGUAGCAUGUGCGCUCGCGAACGUCUCCGGGUUGCCGGCUUUGCAGUUACCUUCACAUAAGGACUUUAGCGAGACUGGGAGUUAUGCGCUGACUGCUAUGCCACAGCUGCUGCUGUGCAUUGCCAAUUGUGGCUUUCCUGAAGUUGGGGCGUGUGCUGUAUUGGAGCAUGUGCAGACACCUGUCUGUCGGGGCUUGCCAGCGCGUGUUUAGGGACGUCGGUGCGCUGCUCUGCAUGUUUUCCUUUUGUGUACAAAUGAACGCAACAGUGCUCUGAACGCUAUGGAGGUGUUCCGCUAGGCGCACCAAGGCGCGACCGCUAGGCGAGUAGCGCUGACCUCGAUGGCGCGCAGCUUGGGUGUUUUCGGUCGCGCAGUUUGUGAUCCCGAAUAAGUGUGGCCCUUUGUUGCCGCGCGUCUGUUGCUGCUGCUGCAGGGGUGUGUGGCGUGUGGGGGAAUUCAACAUCGGGCGUGGAUAGGGCUGGUGGCUAGUAUUCAGUACACCUUUUAAUACGCGCAAGAGCGGAAUUGUAGGGCAAUAAUUUAUGUCGUUUUGUCGUGGAGAAGAGGUUCUGGGCUUAGAGUCCUUCGAAUGAAUGUUUAGUAAGCAAUAAGGCGAGUACGAGACACGCCGUGCUUCUCUCUGGUGUUGCCAAUAUAGGAAGCGCUUGAUAUAGUCCUGCCUCGCGUCUUUUAAACAAUUGGGGGGCCGAGGCACUUAAGAUGAGUGGACCGCCCGUCCGCUACGUUGCCUUUCAUCCAAUGAUAUAACGAUACGAUAUUGCCGGGGUCCCGGUUUGGAGAGCCGUCGUCCUGAAGAUGGGUUUGUGGUGUUGCGCCCACCCUGAGCUGUUGCCGACGCUGUAGCAUUUUGAAGGUGUGUCUGUUGUCAUCUGGUAUAUUUGUUCUGGGCUGUAUACGGCACACGGCCCUUAGUUCACGUGGUGAUGCAAAGGAGGACUAUUUGAGGACUAUCUUUUAAGUUGAUGGUCCAUGUUACCUUUCUUGUGUUCACACGUGCAGAUGAAGGUAUGUGUAUUGCUAUGUUGUGCAGCCUUCGAUUCAACCUCAACCGCGGAGCGCGCCUGUGCCGCCACGGCUGUUGAGGAGUUACCGGGGGUGUAUGCCUGUGCUCUUGCUACCAGUGCGCACUGCAUUGCAGCGGUUUGACACGCUGAUAAUGAAUCAUCUAAUACGUUUUGUGCAGCCCCCGGCGAUGCUGUUUGCCGUUGAGUAGGGCCGGUGCCUUGUGGGCACUUAUGUGCAAGGCCUCUAGCUUUUCGCUGUACUACGGAUGGGCCCGUUACCUGUUGUGUGUGUGCGCUAAUGCCUUGCUUCACUGUUGUCGCAUCGUUCGGCGCUAGCGUGGUGCUGUGCGGUGUAUUGUAGUGGGUUAAGGGCGAGAAGGUCUGCCUGCAGGUCAUUAGCAUCGGCGUCGAUGCGGGUUUACGUAACCGUUCAUGCCAGUUGCUUAAUUUAAAAAUAAGCUCUUCGCAUGUGGCACCUCGCCCCUAUACUGCUCGUAGGUGGUGAGCUUGCCCGCGUGUCAAGAAUACCGCACAGAAAAAAAUAAGUCGUCGGCUUUGGGCAAGCCUCUUGAGCCACAUGUGUAUGAUGUAUGGUGGGAGGUGCACGGAUGCGGACCGUGGCGUGUUCGUUUUCUUGUCACUGAAAUGCGCAGACGUAAGGCUUGUGGCGUUUUGGUUGUCUUCUCUUUGGGGCCCACAAAAUAGCAUUGCUGGUAAAAGGCCCGAGCCGCUAUUAGACGCGCAGCUCGCUACAGCCAUUUUCAUGACUCCUGGUCAUGAAAACCAGGCAUGUCACCGGUAUUGUGUUUGGUUGGCCCAGUUGCCUCAACAUUGAAUGUAUUGUGCUGAAAUGAAACAGCAAAAACGUGCGCACGGCUUGCACAGUAACCGCUGUGGAGCUUAUACUCCCAUUCACGCACCUUUUGUCAACCUUGUUCGACGUAUGCGCGUGUGCAAUGGGCCCUGAGCAUGUCGGCAUGAUGAAGAUUCAAGAUACUUGUAAACACUUGAUUGUUCG